CCUGGCAGCUGUCACCAGCCCAUUUCUUUCCUACUCUUUAUAUAUUCUUCCAUCUCCAUUCUCUCUGGCCCUCACUACACCCAUUUCCAUCUCUAACCAAAAUGUCUCUUUUACCCCUCACCCUCACACUCAUCUGCUUCUUCUUCCUCAUACCCUCUCUUCUUGCUGAAACCCUGGAUGUAAAACAUCAUGAUAAAGAUUAUACCUUUGUUAACCCUAAACUUCCCCCCAAUGUCUUUACUACUUCCAAGAAAUAUGAAGGAUCAUCAGAGCUCGUCAACCUCCGGUACCACAUGGGUCCUGUCCUUUCUUCUCCGAUCAACAUUUAUCUCAUCUGGUAUGGUAAGUGGCUUCCAACUCAGAAGCUGCUUAUUAAAGACUUCCUUCUAUCAAUCUCCACCACCAAGCGCCGUGCCGCCCCACCCCCCUCGGUUUCCGACUGGUGGCAGACCGUGUCACUCUACACCGACCAAACCAACGCCAACAUCUCUCGGAACAUCCUCAUCGCCGGAGAAUAUUCCGAUCGAAAGUACACCCAUGGAACCCACCUCACUCGUCUCACCAUCCAAGACGUCAUCGCCUCAUCCGUCCGAUCAGCUCCGUUCGCCGUCGAUCAUAAAAAUGGGGCUUACCUGGUCCUGACUUCCGGCGACGUCACCGUACAGGAUUUCUGCCGCGCGGUGUGUGGGUUCCACUACUUCACCUUCCCAUCGAAAGUAGGAUACACCUUACCAUACGCAUGGGUCGGAAAUUCGGGUAAACAGUGCCCGGAAGUCUGCGCUUACCCGUUUGCCGUUCCUGGGUACAUGGGUAGUGGCGGGCCGGGUUCACUUGCAUCGCCGAAUGGCGACGUCGGAGUUGACGGAAUGAUCAGUGUGAUCGGCCAUGAGCUGGCGGAGCUGUCGUCGAACCCAUUGGUGAACGCUUGGUACGCGGGUGAAGACCCGACUGCACCGACGGAGAUUGGGGAUUUGUGUGAAGGGUUAUACGGGUCGGGUGGUGGAGGCGGGUAUAUUGGACAGGUGAUGAAGGAUGGGUCGGGUCGAACUUAUAAUAUGAAUGGUAGAAGAGGUAGGAAGUUUUUGGUUCAGUGGAUAUGGAGCCCCGUUUUGAAGGCAUGUGCUGGACCUAAUGCUUUAGAUUGAUUGUAAAAUGGUGGUUGGAGGCCAAAUUUAUUUUCC